ACUUGGCGCUGUUUGUUUAGAAUCAAAGUGAGAUUUCAAAUCCACGAAGAAGAAAUACUCCGGAGCUACAUAUUGUGAGCACGCGCUGUGCCUGGUCUUUCCAACAGGACCGCGACGAGAAGAUGGCCAAGAUCAAGGCAAGAGAUCUGCGGGGCAAGAAGAAGGAAGAGCUGCUCAAGCAGCUGGACGACCUGAAGAACGAACUGUCCCAGCUCCGUGUGGCCAAGGUUACCGGAGGAGCCGCUUCCAAGAUCUCCAAGAUCCGUGUGGUCCGCAAGUCCAUCGCCAGAGUCCUGACUGUAAUCAACCAGACACAGAAGGAGAACCUGAGGAAGUUCUACAAGGGUAAGAAGUACAAGCCCCUGGAUCUGAGACCCAAGAAGACCAGAGCUCUGCGCCGCCGGCUCAACAAGCAUGAGGAGUCUCUGCGGACCAAGAAACAGCAGAGGAAAGACCUCCUCUACUCAGUCCGCAAAUUUGCAGUCAAAGCUUAGAGGCUUUGUGACUUGGUUAAAGAAUGGACCAAUGACAACACAGCUGAACCUGAGGGAUACUGUGCCAACCUUCCUCAGUGAAGUGAGGGCCUGCUUGGAGACGAAACGAGACUCAAUGCUCUGAGAUAGAUGGAACUGUCGCCUCAGUUCUAAGCGUGGUGCCUAGAGGAGGUUAAAGCAUGGUGAUGGCCGCACUAUGUUGGGACGGGUUCCAGCUAUAGAGACCUAUCAGGUUGGGGGGGGAGGGGGGGGAGAGACUCGCAGCUACAUGUUCUGCCAGAGGUGCUUCCGUGUAGUACUGAGCGAAAACUGAAUGUAAAUGUGAUAUUUUCUACAUAAUAAAUUUGCAAAGAUUUUGAAAUCCUGUUUGCCUGGUCAUUUAAGAGUAUUUAGGGGGGGGGGCGCGCGCUUGAGUUGUGUUGAGUGACGCUGUCUAAUAACUUGUAAAUCUUGGAGAGCUGGGCUGAUUUUGAACAGGAGCUUCAGAACCUUCCCUCCUGCAUUAUUAAAGAUUACAGUUGACCCAACUGCUAAAAAACAAUAACCCAGCUUCAGGGAGGUGAGCAUUUUUUUGAGGCAAUAUUAGCUCUGAUGGUUAAAAAAAAAAUCUAAACGCCUCAAAGUAAUAAACUGAUCUGGUCUUUCACAGUAAAUGAUCCCUUUAUACUCUUACCAAAAAUACAUUUUCAUUAACUUUCGUAAGUUAUGUUCACCAUUUAAGAUUCAUGUGCACUUUAUUAAUUGUUCUGCUCAUUGUAAUGCAUUUAUGUUAAUUCUUGUGAGACAGCUUCUAAAGGUUAUUUAAUGAACAAUCAUUUAGUGGUCCACUGGUCCUCCUCGAUGGAUGCCAUUUCUCUCUGUAGUUUGCGUCUAUUUCUUGUCUGUCAGCUGCUUGAUCUAUUCAUCCAACAGGUUUUUCAGAGGUUUUUCAACAGAUCAGCUUUCCAGCUACAGGGUUGUUUUUUUGCAGAGGGUCAACCUGUCUCAAAUCCAGGUGCAAAGUGAGAGCAAGUCAGCAGACCAUAUAGGCUCGGUCCUGUUCUAUUUCAAGUGCGUGUAUAUUUAUAGGCAGCCUAAUUGAUCAUACAAAGUGUCUGUUAUUAAAGCCGUGUCUCUCUCACUUUACUUUUCCUUUUUUUGUUGAAUAAUUUAUUGGAGAUUACUGCCGGCGAUGAAAUAAAUAGAAUAAAGAUGAAGCUGUUCCUUUGGCCUCAUUACUAAUGUUAUAUUAGUUAACAAGUAAAUGAUGUCUAUAUAGCUGAUGUCAUUUAAUCAUAUCAUUACCCAUUUAAAACAAGUCUUAAUCUUUCUGUAAUAAUACAAAUAUGUUUGGUUAACUAAUCAACAAAAGCAUCUUGUAUAUAUUGAUUCUUAACAAUAUUAGUUUUCUAAAGUUAUCUAGCUGUGGUUUAAACCUAUUAAUAUAAUUAAAACAGAAUGUAAGGCUGUUUAAUGACAGAGAUAUCCUAUUAUUCCACUGUCAUACUUCAUGUUGUAAAUAAUGGUUCAAACCUGAAUAAAUGAAAUAAACAAUGUAUUUAACAA